ACCAGCCGAAGAUAGCAAAAACGCCAGGAUCUGGGGUGCUGUGGUCUGCUUCCUCGUCAUUUGCACGAUCUUCGCCCUCAUCGUUGUUAUCUUAUUCGCCACCCAACCCGAAGAGGAUGAUACCGUUAAGGAAGUCCCCGGCAGUUCUGGAGAGGCGGCCGUUACCAUUCCGCCAGCCCCGAACCAUACGAUCGCUACGAUUCCGGAGGGCCGCGUCAGUCCCACAACGAGAAGGGUUCCCACAACGAGAAGGGUUCCCACAACCAGAACGGCUGCGACGAUAGUUGCGACGACGGCUACGCCGGCAGCAGUGGUGACGUUCCCCAGGACGACACCCUCCCCGGCCACUCCGGCAACGACGACGACUCAGCCUCCUCCGCUGCUCUGCUCUGUCGGCUCGCCGGCAGCAGCCAUCCACCCGCUGUACCCGCCGGACAGGUCGUGCGACAUCGUCUUCUUCACGCACGUGCGAGUCAAGAACAACAUGGUGCGGCCGGUGCUUGGCAAGGACACCUUUCCGACGUUCAGGAACGUCUGCGCCACAUACAGGGAGACCACCUGCGGCCUGUCCUUCGACGUGAACUUCCUCAACUAUACCCAGUUUUCCGUCACGGACCUGCUGGAUCAUCUGGCGGAGCUGAGGAAAGCGUCACGUAUCAACCACUACGGCGUCCUCAACAUCUACGGGACCCCGACCUUCGUCGCAAACAUCAGCACCGCGUCCGAGUUGAGCGACACUCUCAGCGUGUUUCGGAGUGUCCUAGGAGACGACAGGAAAAGCCAUAUGAUCGUCCUCGGCGUCGGUUACUUCUUCUACAACGACACAGACUCUUGGGAACACUUGUCUGAAGUUGUCGAGAAAGUCGCCUCGGAAGACGUGGACGCUGUGGUGGUAAUCACCACUCUUCUGUCACAGCCCGACCGGCGACAGUGCCUUACGCUGCCCAUCAACGCGAUAGACAGCAAGAAUCCUUUCGUACCAACAUUGGAGGCGGCAUCCCGCAUGAUCACGGCAGGAUUCGCGAGGCCCUCGCUAGUCGUGGCCUUCGCUCUCCAGAUGGGCGUGGUGCACUACACCCUGAACAAGGAGUACGACCUGCCGAUAUCUGCCUCGUACCAGCCCUGCACUGGGUUCGGCCUGACGGACUACUCCCAGGCGUGUCAGGCCGACACAUUUGAGCUCAACUAUGAAAAGGUGGUCAUUGGACUCAGUGACGCUCAGACUGUCCAGGUGUUCAACGGUCGGAGAAUCUUCCAGACGCACGACACACUGGAUCUCAUGGAACUCAAGGCCAGCCAGAUCAUGGCCAAGCCGGACAUUCGAGCCAACUUCACGUGGUUCCUCUUCAACGUCCAUCUCACGGACACCACGAAUGUCUGCCUGACUGACGGACCUUUCUCGCGAGUGAAAGGAUUCAGAGAUUUCUUCUACCGAGAAGCACGCAAGCGGAAAGGAUAGCGUAACACGCCUGUGUGGUCAUUAACAUAAAUGACGGGACGAAGCUUUUCCUCGA